GAAAGAACAUUUUUUAUCGUGCAAGAAGAUCCAGGAUUUGGUAAUGGUGAUAGGACAUAAUAUGGAUAACUACAAUUGCCAAGCCAACCAGGAAUAAGGACUGUCCAAGGUGCCAAGAUCUAAUGGAUGAAAUUCAUUGGAAUGGAAACUAACUUUGUUGAAGAGAAGCAGGUACCCUCUUUUUCUGUGCUUGCCAAAAAUACAGGGACAUCAAAAGAUACAAAGAAUGGAGGAUCAGACAGCCACGUUGGGGUACCUAUCAUUCCCUGGGGAUCUAAAUCUCACCCAAAGGACCUUUGCUCUAUUCAACAGAUACCAAAGCAAAAUGAAUCACCUUCAACAUAUGUUCAGGUGCCUGGCUACCUGAGUAUUACUAAUGAGCCUAAAAAUCAAAAUUUCUUUAGGGAUUCACUAUAUCCUACUUCAACUAAAGCUGAAGAUUAUCUUUUCCCUCUCAAGAUAUGCCCCUCAUUAUAUCUUCCAAAUGAGAGAUCUGAUGGUAAACCAGAAAUCGUUCCUGAAAUAUACGUCAUUAAACAAAAACCCAGCACAAUCACUUUUUCCAACAAUGAAUGUUUAACCCCUGCCAUUGACAGUGACCUCCACAUCUGUGGAAUCAUUGAUACAGAAACUUCUUCAUAUGAAUCUGUGGAGGAAGUAGAGGAGGGGGAUGAUGAAACUUUCCCACAGCUGCCACUCUUUGAGCCAUUUUUUAAAGACAUUCAGACAAGAGAAGUCCCCCAUGACAAACAAAAGGCACUUGGAUUUAUGGAGGAGAAACAUGCCUUUAAUGAAGGUAAUUCCUAUGAACAUUUGGGGAGAGUACCAAACAAGGAGGAAAACAAAGAAAAAGCAAUCAGCAAAGUGACACAACCCAAGGGCUCAGAAUGGUCAGACUCUAUGGCCUGUGUCAUGAAGAAGUUAGAGCAGCUAAAUUUAGAUAUUGAAGAAGCUCUCAGUGCUGGCCCUUCCCCUUCUCAUACUCCUUCUUUCAAGAGGCGAAAACAGCAGAGUUCCAAAAAAGUGGAAAGCAUCCUUAAUAAAGAUCAUCAGAACAAGGGAAUUUGUAGAAAUAAGGAGGAAAGUGCCCAGGAUCUAGAUUUUGUGCCAAACCUAAUGCCAACUGGAGCGCGACCAAAGAUGAAAGUGCUGCCUGACAAACAGCUCAAGGAGAGAGCUGGUCAGCAUUUUCUCUACAGCCUCCAGUCUCAGAGAAUUGCCCAGGUUUAA